AUUAACUUGUUGUUGCACUCACGCGCACACACCCGUAGCAGAGACCAGGCCGGGGAUCCAUCCAGAUCCAUCUCGACGUUUCUUAUCGUACGCGAGUGCCGUCGAUCAGGGUAUGUCGUCACGAGACCGUGCAAUACGGUAAAAUGUUACCACUGCUGGUCGAUCAGGAUCAUUCGCUAACAACCAGGUGAAGAUGGAAGUUGACGCUGACCUCAGGGAACAAUUGUUUCACAACACUGUACGCGAGAACAUAAUAUAUCUGCUGCUUUUUUUGCUGCUAUACAUCUCGAGCUACGCACUGAUUGCGCGUUUUAGACGCCGGGAUCGCGAGGACUAUCUGUCGGUGGACGAGGAUGAGGCCACCGUGUACAGGAUCAGCCUCUGGCUGUGCACGGUCGCCCUGGCGAUUUCUGUCGGCGCGACCCUCCUACUUCCGGUGUCUAUCGCUAGUAAUGAGGUCCUCAUCUUAUAUCCAAACAGCUACUAUGUCAAGUGGCUCAACAGCUCCCUCAUCCAAGGUCUAUGGAAUCACGUGUUUCUGUUUUCGAACUUAUCACUUUUUGUGUUUCUGCCUUUCGCCUAUCUUUUCACGGAAUCGGAGGGUUUUGAAGGCCAUAAAAAGGGUGUGAUGGCAAGAGUAUAUGAGACAGUGACAGUUCUCUGUCUCUUAGGUACCCUCGUACUAGGAAUGACCUAUGUCUUGUCGGCCCUAUUGGAUUAUCAAAACUCAAGUUUACAUACUGUGCUCAAUAUAUGGAGUUAUUAUUUACCUUUUCUAUAUUCCUGCGUCUCAUUCGUCGGCGUAGUAAUGUUAUUACUAUGCACUCCAGUAGGAUUUGUACGACUGUUCGAUGUAGCGGGGUCGUUUCUUGUUAAACCCCAAUUUCUAAAAAACUUAGAUGAAGAGUUCUUCGCAUAUAGAUUAGAGGAGGACUGUAUCCGCAGAAGAUUACAGCACGUAAAAACUACGGGGAAGUCGUACAUAUCGCCGAUGCCGAUGUCGCCGGCAAUGAACUGUGGCUGGUCGCCGCAUGAAGACGACGAGCCGCUACUGCGCAUAAGUCCGGGUCUGCUGUGCUUGAGAAACGGUGCUCUGCAAAAGGGUCUUUCUCAACGGCUGGAUGAUAUUCAGAAGCGGCGACAGCUGCUGGACCAACAGCGGAAGACCUGGUGGGUUCGGCGCACGCUACUUUAUCCGGUAGCGAUGCUGGCGCUGCUUGUUCUGUCCACCGCCACGGCUCUAUUAGCGGUGCAAAACACUAUAGAAUUGCUGAUAGGCAUCAAAGCGUUGCCGUUGAGCACGAGGCAAUUUACGCUCGGCAUCAGUUCCCUGUCUAAGCUUGGGCCCAUAGGUGCGACUAUCGAGGUGGCGGUGAUUCUUUAUCUGGCCGUGACUAGCGCGAUCGGUCUGUACGCUUUACCAGGCGUGAGAAUGGUCCAACCAAGACUUCGUUCCACGCCGCUCACCCAUCUCAUCGCUAAUUGCGCUCUCUUGCUUGUGCUAAGUUCGGCGUUGCCGCUGUUAUCGCGAAUAUUAGGAAUGACAAACUUUGAUCUACUGGGUGAUUUCGGACGCAUCGAGUGGCUUGGUAACUUCAAGCUCGUUCUCCUCUACAAUCUAAUCUUUGCGACGGCGGCGAUCAGCUGCUUGACCACCAAGUUCACGGCAACCGUGCGCAAGGAAAUCUACGCCCGUCUGAGGAGCAGCUUGCUCGGCAUCUUUAGGACCACGAGCAUCACUGCCGACGCGAAGAAAUAUUCACCGUCGUCAGGGAUAUUUCCUAUAAAGGAAGAUUAGACUGAUUUGUUAUAUUAUAUAAUUAAUAUAAACAACAGAGAGAGAAAAGAGACGCCGGGAUCUUGCGAAAGUUUGCCUGGCCUUUUAUGAUCUUGUAUGCAGAAUUACAAGGAGCUCUUGAAUUUAUCGAAGACGUGAGAAAUUUGUAUCAUACGACGUAUGUAAGAAGAGUGCUGACACAGAGUUCUCGAAUUUGCAGAUCAUUGAACGUGUCAAUUCUUCGAUGUUCUAAAACUCUUGGAUUCCUAGACUGUUAGAUUCUCACGUUCUCGAACAAUCAUGCCAAGGUCCUCUGUAUUUUCAUAUUCCAAAAUUCCGAAACUUUCGUUUUUAAUUUUUUUAAAAAUUAAAUGGAUCCAAUAUAUAAAAUACUAAAUAUAUAACAGUAUAUUUACAUAGACACCUUGCGUUAUCUGAUUGGCUUUUCCAAGGAAUUAAAUCGAUUACGUUAAAAUCGGUGAACUUCAUCGACGAUCCGUACGUAAUCUUUAGAUUUCUUUUUUUAAAGAACCACACACUUUUGCGUGCUUUUAUUCCCGUGCCAUUGAGAAUUGCUGUAUUAAAGAGCCAAUGAAACUUUCGUGAGAACCUAAAAGUUCAUCGCUUAAAAGAAGCGAACGCUAGUGAUUAUAAUUAAGACGCGCGAGGCCAGUCAAGGACAUGGUCCGAUAAGGACAGCAAGGCGGUCACAUUCGUAAUACGUAGCGUUAAGUAUUUAUUACAUUAAUGCUAAUUUUUUAAAAUAUAUUUGUCCGAGCACGGGACAAGGACUCAGCAAUCGAGCGAGUUUAUGUACAUACGCAUCACAAUCGAAUGAUUAAUUUAUAAUGGAUGACAAGGACUGCAAGGAGGAUACGAUCUAGGUUACGCAUACAUGAGGUAUUGAGUGAAUUUUUUUCAUCAAUAAUGUAAAUAGGUAUCUAACAAAAAUCUAUCCUCGACAGAAAGAACAUUCGAUAAAUGUUUAUUUUCAUUUACCUUCGAAUAUGUUCUCAUUUUACAAUUUUUAGUUGACGUAUAUGG